GGAUCACUUUACUUUCUUGAUAUCACUGACGUCAUCAUCCAUCAUCUCACACGACACUCGUCUGGAGACGAAGCAUUUAUUGCUCUCGGACCAGCCUCUUUUACCCCUUCUCUCCAUUUGAGACCAUUCCGAGCUUCCAAUUCACUGAUUUUAUUACGUGUUGAAUAAAAAAACAUCCCAUCAUCAUCAUGCCUCGCUCAAACGACAACACUUCCAAGAUCUUCUACAAGGGUCGCUCUGACGACUUUGUCGUCUUCGUGGACGACCUGACCACCCUGAACAACUGGCGGAAGGACAAGAGCGUCCCGCUGACAGACGUCGUCAACGGCUGGAAGAUUUUUGUGACUCAUAAACACGGCGCUCAAGGUGUCCUGGACGGGGCCAGCAAUGCUAGUCUGGAGAACGAGUUUGGCACCGCCAAUGAAGACGAUUGCAUGGUCAAGAUCCUCGAAGGAGGAGAGUAUCAGAACUCACCGUCGCGCGAAUCCCAGGGAGACCGGAACAUUAGCAAGGGUCCCUCCGCUAUUACCAGGUAGAGAAGGGCUAGGAGUGUCCUUUGAGAGCAGGCUUUUCGGAGUGCAAGAUGUCGG